UGAUACAGUUAGAUAGAUGAUGCUGGAAUGACAGCAGGAUGCCACAGAUUACAAACGAAGAAGAUGCUACAACCUUGAUUAACUGAUUUAUCUGAACCUGAAUAUAAACACACUGCAAAACAAAAAUUGAUAGGCUUCAAAAUGGCCUUCACCUUUUGGAAUUCAUUGUGUGGCCACAAUGAAAACUUUACAGCUUGGAGAAAAGACGAUUUUGGUCCGUGUUUUGAGAAAAUAGCCCUGAUCAUACCAGCUCAUGUACUUCUGGCUAUAGUGAGUACAUAUCAUGGAGCACAAGUACAUCGGAGAGUCUCCAGCACCAACGCCACAUUGAGGAUGCCCUGGUUUAUCACUUUGAGACUGGUGACUAUUUCAUUAUUCUUGAUAUUACCAGUAGCUCAGCUGAUGGGAAUGUUCAUGAUCCUAGAGGUGGAGCCAAGUAUAGCAGACUGUGUAUAUGUGGGUUUAGUGAGUCUCACUUGGUUACUGCACGGCAUUUACACUUACAACCUGAAACAUAUGUACUGGGAAACAUACAGAGGCCCUCUGUGUGUGGUACUUUUCUAUCUUCUGACUUUUGUAUCAGAUUGUCUUCACUGCUACAGUGUUAUCAGAAUGCAUUUAUCUAACUCUCCACUCCAUAAUUCAGCUGAGGAAUACUGUGUUUAUGUAACUAUCUUUUGUCAUCUGUUAUACAUCUUUACCCUCAAACCGACUGGAGAUAGGCUCAUGAGUGACAGUUAUCUUCGCCAUAGUUUGAAUAUAUCUCCUUCUGAAACAGAGCACCUAAUGUUCCCUGGAACGACUGGCUAUGGGUCUAUCACCAGUCCUCAAAGAACAGUAACUGUUGCAGAGGAUGGAUCAUCAUUCCUGUCAAAACUUACAUUCCACUGGGUACAACCCCUGAUGGUUAAAGGGUACAAACAAUUAAUAAGGUCUGCAUCUGAUCUUUAUCUACUGCCUAAUAAGCUCAACACUAAAGACUUAGAGGACAAGUUUUUGAAAAUUCUUUCACCAUCUAGGCAAGGGACAUCACUUUAUGAUAACGAGGAAAGCAGUCAAGGCACCCCAUUAACACCAGAUGUCUAUAUCAGGUCAGGAGGACAAAACACUGGACACACGCACCAGCAAACUCCAACCAUGUUGAGAGCUUUACAUAAAGCAUUUGGAUUAGAAUACUACCUUCUUGGUAUUUUAAAACUGAUGGCAGACUCUGUUGGUUUUGCGGGGCCAAUGCUACUAAACUUACUAGUGACAUAUAUAGAGAACAAAGAGGAGCCAGAACAACAUGGAUACUUGUAUGCAAGUGGGUUACUGUUGUCCACACUCAUUGGUUCUCUAUGCUCUAGUCAGUUUGAUUACCAUUGUCGAAAUGUUGGAUUCAAAAUGAGAUGUGCAAUCAUCACAACCAUCUACCGGAAAGCUUUGUCUGUGGGCAGUGUAUCCAUCUCAAAAUUUAGCAUGGGUGAAAUUGUUAACUUCAUGAGUACAGACACAGACAGAAUGGUAAAUUUCUGUCCCAGUUUCCAUGCUGUGUGGAGUUUACCUUUCCAGAUUGGAGUAUCUUUGUAUCUCCUCUACUUACAAGUGGGGAUAGCUUUCCUUGCCGGGCUAGGGUUUGCUCUCCUCCUCAUCCCCAUUAACCGGUGGCUUGCUAACAAGAUAGGAGAACUGAGCAAGGAUAUGAUGAAACAGAAAGAUGCCAGGGUUAAGAUGAUGAAUGAAGUAUUGUUUGGAAUGAGAAUUAUAAAGUUCUACACCUGGGAAAACCAUUUCCGCUCAGAGAUUCAGAGGCUGAGAAAUGCUGAGCUGAAGAGUCUGAAGGGACGGAAGUACCUGGAUGCAAUGUGUGUUUACUUCUGGGCUACCACACCGGUUCUCAUUUCUAUACUCACCUUUACAACCUACUCACUGAUGGGGAAUACCCUAACAGCAGCCAGGGUGUUUACAAGUUUGUCCCUGUUCAUGAUGCUGAUCAGCCCCCUGAAUGCCUUCCCCUGGGUGAUCAAUGGUCUGAUGGAGGCCUGGGUGUCCCUCAAACGUGUCCAGGCAUAUGUGGCCCUUACUGACAUGGACAUGAGGUCCUACUACAAAACAUCAGAGG